AUGCGAGCUGGACUUUGGCUCGUGGCCGUGCUUGGCUACGUUGUACAGACAAAGACGCUCUCACACGUCUACAACGUUUCAUACGAGACGCAACAACAAAGGCCGACACAACAGGACGUUCUUUACUUGCUGUUUGUACAUCUAUCAUCGUGGAUACUUGUGGCACCGCUCACCCAGCUGUGUUCUCGAGUGAAAGACCGCUUGGAGGGCAGGAGUGGGUCCUGGGCUUUCAGUGCUGUAGCGGUAGGUGCAGAGCUUCUGGGGGCCGACAAUGACGGCCGUUCGAGGCCGAAUCGCACUUUGGCCUCACAUUUCCGGCAAUUGGUCCAAAUCACUACCCUCUCAUUACUGCUGGUGAUUGCAGGAUACACGUUUUUCGUGGCCUUGGGGCUGUCACCGGCCGUCGACGUCGCCAUCAUGCACGGCACUUCCAUGUUUGAAAUCGUGUCCUUGCUGCUGGUAGUGAUGGGACUGGCACCUGGCAAAAAGCUCGGGCGCAGUUUUGCGUUUAUGCUUAUAGUUCUGACCGGUAUUUUCAUUGUCUCCUACACGAAGGGCACUUGCGACCUCCUUGCUGGAAAAUUGUCGGUGAACGAAGCCACGGGCGAGUUAGACGAUCCUUUUCUGUUUGACAGACUCAAAGGAGCUUUGACGUGUGGGUUGGGAGCCCUCACAAUUGGCCCAUUCUUUGUUCUGUGGAACAAAUGGAGUGCAGCUUCUCCAAAUGAGUCUACCACCUCAAUUCGGCCUUUUCUGACGCAUGCAGAAAGAUCUUGCAUCUCCAACAUCGAAAUUAGCCAGCUUGGAAUUGCCAACUUGCUUAUAGUGGGCCCAAUGCUUUUUCUAGCCAGUGCUGGACGUCCCUUUGCUCAAAAUAGUACUUUGUCGAGUUCCGCUUUUAUGCUUCUGUCUGUCUUUGCUGGUCACCUCCCCAUGAUUUGGGCAAUGGUUCACUUGUCAGAUCGAGUCUCAUUGCAGUUCACCUCCACAUGCUUCGUUGGUUUCAUUGUAUUUACAGCUUUGGCCGACUGUAUCUUCGACAGCGCCCAUGUGGUUGUUACAAGGUGGGAAGUUAUAGGAUACUUGCUGAUCAGCGUAGCAGGACUACUACUGGGUCGCCACCACUUGGCAAAGGCUUAUUCUCGAGACGCAUAA